UCCUGACCUCUGCGUGGUGCUGAUCUCUCACACACACACACAUACAAAACGCUCGGCUUUUAUUCCUCGCCAUUAACCUCCUGCUUCCCAAACCGCAGAAAAAAUCAACUCGAUUGUCUUUUUUUUUUUUUUUGCUGCACUUCCCAAAAGGAGAAGACAAUUUAUUUUUUUCGCAUCCAAUCAGGGGGCCCGGGGGGGAAGGCCGGCCAAUCGGCAUCCCGAUGACAUCCUGAAUGCUGGUCCCCCUCCGUCUGAAGGUUUCCUUGGCUGCGAGUCAGUCAUGUCUCACGUUCCUCUUGCCUAGAAGACGAGAAUCGCGCGGAGAAGCCAGAAAUGGAACGAAGGGGCUGAGCCCUGGAAGAAUAAAAGCUUCCUUCUUCUUCUUCUUCUUCUUCUUCUUCUUUUUUUUCCUCGCUCUCUCGUUCAUGUAACCUGGCAACACAGAAACCAGCCAAGCCACACGCUACUCCUUUUUUUUUUCCUGCAUCUUGUCACCUCUAGCCGCUCGCCGCUGCAGGCGAAUCGCAGAUCAAGGUGCCCAGGCUGCCUCCGUCAAGACGUGACAAAUGCCUUUCCAUUAAGCCCUCCGCCGCCGUUCACCCCCCCCAGGGAAGAAGUGUGGAGGGGGGGUGGAGGGAGGGGGGGGUUACUGUUGACUAGACCCCUUGAAAAGUUCACCGGUGGUCUUUCUCGGCUCCUAACGAGGCUGGGAUGUCGUUUGGCGUGCGUCUGUGCAGGAUCGUGUCCGGGAGGUGCGGAGCCGGCUCCCCAGCGCUGCCUCUUUCCGUAGCGUGACGGGUGGAAUUGCCAUCAAAGGACAUGAGAAGGUUCAUGUAUUGUAAGGUGGUCCUGGCCACGUCCCUGCUGUGGGUUCUGGUGGACGUCUUCCUGCUCCUCUACUUCAGCGAAUGUAACAAAUGCGACGACAGGAAGGACCGAUCGCUGCUGCCUGCGCUGAGGGCUGUGAUUUCAAGAACCCAAGAAGGACCAGGAGAGCUGGGAAAAGCUGUGCUAAUUCCCAAAGAUGAUCAAGAGAAAAUGAAAGAACUGUUCAAAAUCAAUCAGUUUAACCUCAUGGCUAGUGAUCUGAUCGCAUUAAACAGAAGCCUGCCGGACGUGAGAUUGGAGGGAUGUAAGACGAAGGUCUAUCCCGAUGAACUCCCAAACACAAGCAUAGUCAUAGUAUUUCAUAAUGAAGCCUGGAGCACACUACUACGAACAGUCCACAGCGCCAUCAACCGGUCUCCUCACCAUCUUUUGUCGGAAAUUAUUUUGGUGGACGAUGCAAGUGAAAGAGAUUUCCUAAAAACUCCACUGGAAAAUUAUGCCCGGCAUCUGGAAGUUCCGGUGAAGAUCCUGAGGAUGGAGCAGAGAUCGGGGCUGAUCCGGGCACGCCUAAGAGGUGCCAAUGUUGCAAGAGGCCAAGUGAUAACCUUCUUGGAUGCUCACUGUGAAUGUACAGUUGGAUGGUUGGAGCCAUUGCUGGCAAGAAUAAAGGAAGAUCGGAAAACGGUAGUUUGUCCGAUAAUCGAUGUAAUAAGUGACGACACGUUUGAGUACAUGGCUGGUUCAGACAUGACUUACGGUGGAUUUAAUUGGAAAUUGAAUUUUCGCUGGUAUCCUGUUCCCCAGAGAGAAAUGGACAGAAGGAAAGGAGACAGAACAUUACCAGUAAGAACACCUACAAUGGCAGGAGGCCUUUUCUCCAUUGACAAGAAUUAUUUUGAAGAGCUCGGCACGUACGAUUCAGGCAUGGAUAUUUGGGGUGGAGAAAAUCUAGAGAUGUCUUUCAGAAUCUGGCAGUGUGGUGGAUCGCUUGAAAUUGUAACAUGCUCCCAUGUGGGACACGUCUUCCGAAAGGCAACUCCCUACACCUUCCCCGGCGGAACAGGUCAUGUGAUUAAUAAAAACAACAGAAGGCUGGCGGAAGUCUGGAUGGAUGACUUCAAAGAUUUCUUCUAUAUUAUAUCACCAGGUGUUGUCAAGGUUGAUUACGGUGACGUGUCAGAGAGGAAGGCUCUUCGAGAAAAUCUGAAGUGUCAUCCAUUUUCCUGGUACCUUGAAACCAUCUAUCCAGACUCCCAGAUUCCAAGGCGUUAUUUUUCACUUGGUGAGAUACGAAAUGUGGAAACCAACCAAUGUCUAGAUAACAUGGGCCGUAAAGAGAAUGAAAAAGUUGGCAUAUUCAAUUGCCAUGGCAUGGGAGGAAACCAGGUGUUUUCAUACACAGCUGAUAAAGAAAUCCGCACAGAUGAUUUAUGUUUGGACGUAUCAAGGCUGAAUGGUCCAGUUAUCAUGCUCAAGUGCCACCACAUGAGGGGCAACCAGCUGUGGGAGUACGAUGCAGAGCACUUUGUCUUGAGACAUAUCAACAGCAACCAAUGCUUGGAUGAGCCGACAGAAGAGGACAAAAUGGUCCCAACAAUGAAGGAGUGCAACGGAAGUCGAUCUCAGCAGUGGCUUUUGCGUAACAUGACGUUGAACGCCUAAACCUCCACGAUGGUUAGCCAAGCAGCUCUCAACAUUUACAAGAGUCUACAGACCUUAAUUAUCAACUUAAGGAACACUUGAAUGGGAAUAUAACACCUUUCAGACUCUCAGUGACGUGAAAUAAUUAAAAACCUCUUUGAAUUCAGAUGGGAGGACGGAAAUAGAACUUUUUCUAAUUUUUCUUCCGCGAACAAUACAUGCCUGUACAGGCCCAAUGGCAAACUGUGCCAGUUUACAGGAGAACAAUGAGAAACGUCGGAAGCUGUAUAUAGUCAUCCUGCCCUGAAAACAACUAUAUUUGUCACAGAUGAACUUAUGUGGAUUGAAAGGAUUGAAUAAAAAAAGAGAAAAUGUA